AUGGGCUCCAGCACGAGAAAGAAGAAGGAAAAGGCUAAGGACUUUGCGAAGCCAAAGUUUAAGGUCGGAAAGGCCAAGGUCAAGCCUGCCAACUUCACAGACACCAGCUUCAAAGCAAAGUCGAUUGCUAUGGGCCACCAGAAGCUCUCGACUGAAGCCCCUGACAACGCAACCCAGUUCAAGCACAAUCUUUCUCUGGCCUCGACAUCACGGGCAGACAAGCAGCGUAAAGAGUCGCUGGCGCAUCUUACGAGUCAAGUGUUGGCCGACAAUAACCCUGUCGGAACCGCAACAGUGUUGAGCAAGCUUCUGCCCCUUGUCUCUGACGCUUCGGGACCGGUACGCGGCCAGCUGCUGAAGCUUUUCCGGGCCCUGCCCGAGGCAGAAGUCAAGUACCACGCCGAGAAGUGCAUCAUGUACAUCCGUGCCGGUAUGACCCACCUUUCUGCCGACAUCAGCAACGACUCGCUAGCCGUCCUUGAGUGGCUCCUGGACGUCGCUGAGGAUGAGACCGUCAGCUGCCCCGGCGGCUGGGUGAAGACGCUCAACAGCUUCUGUGCCCUGAUGGGCUGGACCGUCAAGACGAACACGGGGUGGUCGACCGCGCCGAAGACGGGCCUACGAACGAAAGACGCGCAGUCUCAUGCCAGGCAAAUCGCCGUCCUGGCCAAGUUUCUCCAAGCUGGGCUCAAGCCUGAGGUCGCUGCGCCAAGCAAUCCCAACGCUCGCUCUGACAAUAUGUACCGCGUGCCUCGGAUACCGAACCCCUUCGCAUAUCUCAACCUUUUCGGCACCCGCCGAGACGAGGAGGCCGAGAUGUACAACGACCGCGAAUCCCGGCAGCGUGUCUUCCACAGGAGGUUCCUGGACUCGUUCGCCCGUGGUGUGGAGCAGGCCAAGAAGGAGGGCGGUACCAUCGGACGAUCGGCAAUACAGAUGGACCAGGCCCUGGCUGAGGGUAUGGGAGGAUAUGAGGCAACGUCUGCUGUUGAGCCUCAAGACCUGCUCGACUUGUGGUGA